UACGAUGCGAGUAUGUUUUGAACAUCACUUUGCUAGAUUGCCUCUCGUUGUACGCGACCUCGUCUUUAACGCGUGUCCCAGCGACCGUGACCACCGCACACGUCACCCGAACGCGACUUGCGCGACAGCGCACUCGCGCACAAGAUGUUGAAUUGGCUCUCAAACCCGCGGUCGAGCGAAGCGAGUAUUGUAGACCCCGACGCGACGGGACUCUUCGAACCACCGCAGACGCCGGCGCCCGUCUUCGCAGUACGCGCAUUCCGGACUGCCAUCUUCGGCACACCUCAGACGAACCACAACAAGCCACGAAGACACUCGGCAAACGAGAAUGCCCGUCCGCGACAGGUUGAUCUUCGCGCGAACCGACCGGCGGCGACUGUACGGACGGCCAGCGAUACGAACGUCCUGAAGGAUGUCAACGGCGUGGACGCCGAGCCGCCAGUAUCGCCGACGAAAGGCAUCCUUAUGACACCUGGCACAGCAGCGGCGCGUAGGAAGACUGUUUCGUUUGGCGAUGGCGUCGUGGAUAAUGAGGUCAAACAAACUUCACGGACCGGUCUGCCGGAUGAUUAUCCUGGAAAGUUUCCGAGCCCAUGGGUGAAGUCGACUUUAGGAGCUAGUGACGACGACGAGCCCGUGGAGAGAAGCAAAGGUCGCAGCAAAGUGACAGAGGCACUUGAGCAAGCCCGAGAAGGAUCUGCGAAGCGCAACGCCAAGCAGCAGGCCAAACAGUCAAAAGGAAACACGGCAGUCGAGGUCACAUCUGACCUGACCAACCCCGAGUCCGAGUCAGGACAAUACUGGAAGCAAGAGUAUGACAUCUAUCGCGAGAGGACGACACGCGAAGUGAGGAAGCUGGUGCUGAAACAGAAGGCGGCGAAGAGUUUCGCAAGAGAUAAGGACAUGCAAUGUACCGAGCUCGCGGAGCAGUUGCGACAGGAGAAGAGGAAGGUAGAACGUCUUGAAAAGAGAGCGGCAGAGCUGGAAGCUGAGCUGAGGGAAUACAAAGAACGAACUGCAAUAAGCCAGCCUUCUGUCGAAGUCUCCCGACGACAUAACGACUUCAGGCCAACAGACCCGCAACCGGUUUACUCGCGCUCCUAUGAAGACCAUCAGAGCUACAUCCGUGAGACCGGGCAAGACUCCGCUCUAUUCACAAGCUAUCCUGCCGAUGCUGAUAAGUCAACAACCCACCUCCCUCCGAAAUCACGUCCCAGGCCAACCAGCACUCAACCUCGCCUCCAAAGCCAAGCCUGGACCACCUCGAACCCCAAUAUCGAGCGAAGCAAGGCAGGAGCCCCAUCAUCACAUCUCAGCGGUCGGGCCGUCACCAGCGGCACCGGAGUCACGCCUCUCCCAGGACUCGGCACAACUUCACAAACACAAGAAGUAUAUUCAUCUAUAACCACCACCAAUCUCCGCGGCGCACCAAUCGAGCCCUACGCUCUCCCGACCGCCCGUCAAGACUCCGCCUUCCCUUCCCCCGAGCUCUCCACCUCCAAUCAUCUCCCCAUCAAUGGACACAACAACAACACGAAAUCUGGCGCAGAAGCCCCACAGACCAGUCUCAACGCGAAAGAGAAUCUCCCGCCGACGGUAAGAGUAAAUGGACCCCGUGAUGAGAUUACGUCCUUGCCUGCGAUGUCGGCGACGUCUUCGAACAAUAAGCGGAUUGUGAGCAAGAGUGGGCAGGUUGUGGGUGCGGAUCGGCUGGCGGCGGCGAAGGCGAGGUUGCAGGCCAGGGGACGUAAUGUGUCUUGAUGCGCUGUGACGCUGGAGUCUUUUGGAGGAGGACUCGGUGGUCGACGAAGACAGAUUGGUGCGUUCGCUGUUUGAUUUUGUUGUG